AUUAUCGUUUAUCACCAAUCACAUGUCUGUAAUUAUAAGUAAGUUUCUGAUUUUAAAGCUUAUCUAAAAUCUGUGGCUGCAGUCACGUGCGGACCCCACCAAUUUUGCAAUCGAUUAUUAGUCUAGUAGCCCCCAUUAAUUAUAAAUAUUGAUGGAAAGGGAUUUUCAAAUCCUAUAAACUUCUUCUUUGUAAGUAACAAGUAUGCCACCAAUUGCUACUACAAAUACUGAAUUAAAGCCAUGGGUUGCACCUGUGGAAACUAGCUACCAAUUAGACUAUGCUGAUCUUGUAACUAUUGAUCUCUCUAAAUUCGGACAUAACAGACAUCAACUUGCUGAUGAUCUCCAUAAUGCCAUUAAGAAGAAUGGAGGGUUCUUUGGUGUUAUUAAUAGUGGAAUUGAGCAAACAGAAAUCUUUCAAUUGGGACAACUGUUCUUUAAUGAUUACAGUUUAGAAUCUAAAUCAAAAGUUCCAGUAAAUUUUGAGACUGGUAACUAUUUUGGAUAUAAAUCUAAAGGGAACAAGUACUUGUUUGGGACUGAUGUUAAGGAGAAUUCAGAAAUCUUUAAUAUUGCCAAGUUCAAUGGUUUGAAUGAUGAAUUUCAUGACUUAGACUUUGUUCAUAAUAACUAUGAUCAACUCUCUAAAGUGUCACACGAAUGCUUUGAUAUUGUGAGAAAGUUAUUGAUCCUCUUUGCUAUUAUCUUGGAAUUGGAUGAUGAAUUAUAUUUCGUUAAUCGUCACAAAUAUGAGGAUCCUAGUGAUGAUCAAUUAAGGUACAUGAAGUAUCAUCCUCGAACUCCUGAAGAUGAUAGUAAAGUCGAUAACAUUUGGGCUCGAGCUCAUACUGAUUUUGGGACAUUAACUCUUCUUUUCAAUCAGUUAGUGGUAGGAUUACAAAUUAAGUUGGGCGAUCAAUGGAAAUACGUUAGACCUGUUAAGGAUGGUAUUGUUUGUAAUGUUGGAGAUACACUUAACUUUUGGUCAGGAGGUUACUUUGAGUCGACUAUUCAUAGAGUUGUUAGACCUCCACCAGAUCAAGUCAAUAAGCCACGUAUUGGAGCCUUUUACUUUCUUAGACCUGGUGAUAAGGCACUUAUUGAAGUUGCACACUCCCCAUUAUUGAAGAGAUUGGGUCUUUAUCGAGAGACCAAGGAGCCUAUUAUAGGGACAGAUUAUGUAAGAAAGAGAGUGGUAGAUUAUCAUAAUAGACCUACAUAUGAGAAGCAGAGUAAUGUUAAGUUUAAGGUAGGAGAGUUUGAGAUUACUGAUGGAUUUGAUUAA